AUGAGCUCAAGUUUUGCGAACAGGAGGAAGCCACGGAAGAUUGGUGGGGAAGAUGAGGAGGAAGAUGGGGCCUCUACACCAGAGCCCGUUGUCAAACGGCCAACAAAGUCGAAGCCAAAGUCGAAAUUGCGCAUGUCGUUUAACGCUGGUGGGACCUCAAUGGCCGAUGAAGAGGAUGAACCCAGCGAAGUGAUUAUCCCAAAACGACAUGGUCUAGGCCGUAAGGCUGUGGAGCGCAGUGCUGCUCAGCGCAACCAGCUUCCUUUAGGCGAUGCCGAAAAGCUCUCGGAACGCUUUGGCCGUGAUCAAGACCGGCCGAGCUACAGUAGUGACUAUCUCAAAGAACUCCGUGACUCAACUCCCUCUACGCCAAAGUCCACCGACCAUGGGAAAGACAGAACAGUGGACGUGGCCGCCAAAUUCGGCGAGCUUAUGACCGUGUCUGGUCAAUCAGCCAUUCCAAGUGCAGCUGAGAUUCGGGAAAAGAAAGCUAGGAGAGCACGAUUGGCCAUGGAACAUACCGCCAACUCCACGGAAGAGGACUUUAUGUCCCUUGACGGUGGUGCCGUAAGCGACGAUGACUGGGACGCGAUAGCACGGGGUGAUAAGGCGCCAGAAAAGGAGAAGGAUACACGACUUGUUCGGGAUGAUGAGGAUUUUGCGGAGGGCUUCGAGGAGUAUGUGGAGGAUGGGAAGAUUUCACUAGGAAAGAAAGCAGAGCGUGAGCAGAAGCGCAAGCAGCGUGAAGCCAUGCGUGAACUUAUCGAUGAUGCUGAGAAGCUCUCUGAUGAGGAAGAUUCUGACGUGGAAGAAAAGGCUGCUUAUGAAGCCACCCAGACCAAGGCCGCCAUUGGACAGAAGUCGGACAUGGACCGGCCCCGUACACCACCCAAGAUGACAUCUCUGCCUCGGUUGGCUAGCAGUUUUGACAGACUGCGUACUUCUCUGGCAGCGAUGGAAAAUGCCAAGACUCAAAUGAUCAGUCGCAUGGAGGAUCUGCGAAAAGAAAAAGCCGAUAUCGCAAUUCGCGAGGUGGAAAUCCAGGGCAUGAUCAAAGAGGCCGGAGAUAAUUAUGAGCGGUUGAAGAAGGAAGCCGGCGUCGCAGCCACGAAUGGAGAUGCAUCGGCAGGCGCCUUGGAGAAGUCCCGAGGUUUGGAAAGUAUCGGAGCGCCACUACCAGCUUCAGAUUCCAGCUCUGAGGAAUCAUGA